AUGAACAAGGCAGAGCGGAGCGGAGCGCACAAGAAAGAAAAACGUGUGUUGAGGGGAGGCGCCUCGAGCCGCAGCCGCAGCCCGAAACACGGCGCAGCGAUACUUAGGGGCAAAGCAAGCUCUGUUGAGAGUCGCUGUUGCCCUCGUCGACUUGAGUCUUUACUUGGAGCAAAUUCAGUUUGUCAUCACAUCAACAACAGCCAGCUUCGUCGUCGUCGUAGCCGUCGAGUGUUUUGCUGUUUGUCAUCGUUCCGAACGCGCGCCGUUCCCGUUGCCGCUGCCGCGUUCUUCAUCUUCCGCGUAUUGCACGCAGUGCAGAUAAUAAAACAAGAACAGCAAAUACAACAGCAACUCUCCAACUGCAACAAAAUGGCUGCCAAAGAGCGUGAUAGCUUCUUAAAAUUGGAUGAUGAUGAAGAUUCGUCCAGCUCUGAUUUUGAUGAUGAUGAAGACCCAGAUCUAAUUGAAGUGCCUGGUGGCGGUCGUGAUUUAAAUACUGCUGUAAGCUACGCCAACAAUAUUCGCACUACUGGCAGCAUUAGCAGCAAUAAGACAACAGCAACAAAUAGCGAAAGCACUAACAGCAACAACAAUAUUAACAACAGUGCGAUCAACAACAACAAUAAUAACAAUAGCAGCAAUAACAACAACAACAACAACAAUAAUAAUAACAAUAGU